AUGUGUGGAGGAGCAAUAAUCUCCGAUUUCAUUCCGCCGGCGCCGCGUUCCCGCCGCGUCACUAGCGAGUUUAUCUGGCCGGAUCUGCAGAAUAAAGGGAAAGCUUCAAAGAAGAGAUCGAAUAAUAAGAAGCGAUCCAAUUUCUUCGAUCUGGACGAUGAGUUCGAAGCUGAUUUCCAAGGGUUUAAGGAUGAUGAUUCAUCUUUUGACUGCGAAGAUGAUUUCGAUGUCGAUGAUGUCUUCGCUAAUGUGAAGCCCUUUGUCUUCACCGCAGCUACCAAACCCGAUGCUUCCCCUGCCACCGUCUUCGCCUCCACUGGUUCAGUUUCAGGCAAGACAACCGUGGAGUCCAAUGGGCAAGCUGCUAAGAGGAAGAGAAAGAAUCAGUACAGGGGGAUUAGGCAGCGCCCUUGGGGAAAAUGGGCCGCUGAGAUCCGUGAUCCCAGAAAAGGCUCUCGAGAAUGGCUUGGAACAUUCGACACUGCUGAGGAAGCAGCAAGAGCUUAUGAUGCAGCUGCGCGCAGAAUCCGUGGCAAUAAAGCUAAGGUGAAUUUCCCCGAGGAGAAAAUCCCUAUCGUCUCCCAGAAACGCCCUACUGCUAAGACGAGUAAUCUUCAGAAGCCAGUGGCUAAACCAAAUCAAAACUCAACUUUGGUUCAGCCGCCAACAGAUCUGAGUCAGUACUGCAACGACUCCUUUGACAACUUGGGACAUGAGUCCUUUGGUGAUAUGAGUUUCGUGGAAGAGAAGCCCCAGAUGUACAACAAUCAGUUUGGGUUUACAAACUCGAUCGAUGCUGGAGUUAACAAUGGAUACCAGUAUUUCAGUUCCGAUCAGGGGAGUAACUCAUUCGACUGCUCAGAGUUUGGGUGGAGUGACCAUGGCCCCAAAACACCCGAGAUCUCUUCAAUGCUAGUCAAUAAUAACCAAGCUCCCUUCAUUGAAGAAACCAAUGCAGCCAAGACGCUCAACCCCAACUCCGAGGACAUGACAAGCAACAACGGUAACUCUGAUGAUCUGAUGGUAUACCUUGAGAACUCCUUAUGGGACUCUCCACUAGAAGUGGAAGCCAUGCUCGGCGCAGAUCCUGGGGCUGUGACUCAGGAAGAGGAAAACCGAGCGGACUUAUGGAGCUUAGAUGACAUCAAUUCCAUGCUGAAUGGAGGCUUCUGA